GGUUGACCUCUCAAGGAACAUCGCUCUGGUAGCACAUCGAAUUAGAAAUAUAAGUAGAAGCAAAACAUGUAAGAUGAUCAUGUUCAUGACAUCAUCGAUACAGCGUCAAGGCUUCUUGUUGUCCUUAUUCGUAUUUUCGGGAGUAGCGGCAACCUCUUCCACAACAAUAAGGCAACUGGAGAUACAGACCGUGUUGGAGACCUUACAAAGCAUCCGCGAGAAGGCUCAAAGUGGGGAAGCAGUUCCUGCACCCACAAGCCUCCAACCAUGGCUUGAGGGCAUUAACGUGCCCACCUACGACGAACGAUAUCACACAGCAUUGGAGGUAGGGACGACCGGAGGAGAAAGGGUUUCGAGUUUAGCUUCGAGCUCAAGCUCAUCUUCGUUUGGAGGAGUAAAUACACAAACUGCUGGAGCAAGCCAAAAAAACCUCAGAGAACACCACGCUUCAUCAUAUGGACUCGGCCAAGGAGUGUUUCGAAAGGUUGGAUCUCUCAGUGCGCCGUUGUACCAGGUUAGGUUUCAGGGUAGUGGUGCUGCGAACCAAGGGCCAAGGCAAGGCUCGUGGAUCGGAAAUGCUCUCGAAGCAUAUCUCAAUGGAGGCGGAUCCCGAACCGGGAUCAGUGCUGCGGCUAAUAAACGAAGUAAAUCUGGUGCUUCUGCGGAGAAGUUAAGGCAAGGCAGGACUGCAUAAGUAAUUCAUAUUUCCAGGAGCCUCUAGGUCUACUACUCCUGUAUCUUCAUCUUCUGCUCUAACAAAACAUUCGGACCCGAACAGAGUCAGCAAUGCCCUGAAAGCUGUGAUAUCCGAUGGUUUGCAGGCCACGGUAGUUCUUGCAAACAAAGGAGAACUUCACGACACGCUAUCAUCCGGGUUGGGCAAGGUUGCUAACUUGAAGAAAGACAUCCAGGAAGAAGAGAAGAAAGACAUCCAGGAGGGGGUAGAAGAGCAGAAAAUUCUUUCGAUUAUGUGGUUCUUGGUUUAUCAGUAUCUAUUGUUUUCACCACCUUCAGAACUCGUUGAAGUUGUAGUUUUGUUUGUCAAGAAACCAAUACUACCUGUUGAUACCGGAAUUUGGAGCAUUUUUCUUUGGUUUUUCCUCGUCUAACUGUUUGCAAUUUAGUGGAACGAACACAGUGUGGAUCGUGAGGAAAGCGGGUGCGGGUAUCCUCCUAGCCGAACAGUGGGGCUGCUGCAAGCGUCCUCUUUUAGAGUCGACUGUGGCUUUCAAUGUACUUACACUCAGAUAAAAUUUUGGAGAACUACAAGAUGUUGGUCUACGUUUAGUUGAGCACUUCAUCCGCUGUCACGUCCAGCAACUCCUACCCUUCAACCACUGCCAGUUCACCUUUCCGGUAGCUGAGACGGAGGACGGCGCACCCGUAAUCUUUUUUCACGGUCGGGAAGCACUAGUUGCUGAUGCUUCUGGACGAGUCCGACUUUUCAUACUGCCUCAAGAUGUUCCUAGGCAUUCUGGUGGACAGGGAUCAUACGUCUUGUUUGAUAAAGUGCCUGAAGAUGAAGUAGAAGUUACUACAACAACAAACUCAUCUUCUGGUUCAUCCAGUAGCCGCGCAUCAAAGGGGAGUACUUCAACAUCAAACCUAUCAUCGAGCAGCGCCGCUGCUUCUCGUACAUCGACAACUCAGAAGAUCCCAUUGGCGUUUGAGAAGCUGUCAAUCAAGGUCGCAGAUAGACCCAUAAUAGGGCUUCAGGCACUUGCGCCAGUAGGAACUGCUAGUCAUUAAGGAUACUGCUGAAGCAUCCCUGGUAAGUAUCAUCCCUGGCCCUCUUUCUACUUGCAAACGACGCUGAGGAUGCUCCCAAGGAUGCCAAUGCAGUAGCUAAGCUCUAAAGUCAGGCAGCGCCAGAACGAGUGGUCAUGCACACACGAACGCAUUUUACUCUUUUUUCACCUCGUAUCAACGAAGUGAUGUUACCUAUGUGUGGCGGCUUCGGUCAGCAUCGCAUUCGAGAACUAGUAAGCACACAAAGUGGCCUCCGACUCUUCCUGUUGCUGGACAACGGCGACUUGUUAGUGUAUCUUACGGAACGAUUGCACGGAAAAAGGGAAAAAACUUGUGUCCUAGAGACUCGAUUUCCAAGAAUCGUGGGUCCUAGCAUGGCUACUUCGAAAUCGGCGCCAGAAGCAGACCACCAUAAAGCACAAGCACCACUGAAACAGCUUCACGCGAUUGCGGAUCGCUAUGUCUUCGUUCUGAACGAAAGAAUUAAGGCUCCUUCCGCAGAAUUCAUCUUAUCAAGAACCGCCUUUCUUUGAUGACCCCUUUUUCAAGCAGGAGAUAGAUACAUACGUCAACGUUGCCGUAAGUGGUUUUAGAUGAGUUAUGGGGCCGCAUCAAUGUCUAACGAGAACGGGAAACUGAUGUUUUUCGGUGCACAGUUUGAGCCUGGUGGUGGGGCAACAGCGAGCGGUGGACAGGCCUUGGCGGCAAGAAAUAACAAAGCGAAAGCCGUAAAUGCUAAAGCAGCUGCCAUGUUAUUACAGGCGAACUCCCACGUCCUCCGUCGCGCAGCUGGUGGUAGCAAGUUUGCGCAUGCCUCCACUCUCGUUAAGGCUCACAAUGGCAUGGAUCAUAAUGAUAGAUAUUAUAAUGGUAAUCAUUUUCAUUUUUCUUCUGCUUCUUUUGGUUUGUACGAAUGAUAUUAUCAGAUAUUAAGUAAAAACGCAGCAACAAGAACAUUUUGAGCAAUGAACUAAUUCACUGUGUCUACUGUCUAAUCUGUCCUCCUACUACGCAGGGCCGCCGCCACUUCCUGGCCGUGUCUCAGGCAUGGCCUCGGAUGAAGGAGCGGAUGGCGGAGGUGGGAUAUUCUUCGUUGACGAUGUUUUGUUUAAGGAUUUCCGAAUUACAUCCCUCACUACCAUCCUUGGCUCCUUUUCAAGGGGGAAAUGGGUCAAGGAUGUUCUGAAGAAUGCAAUUCGGAAACCUCUAAUUUGUCCUUGUUUUUUGCGUCUGAGGCUGUUUCCAAUGAAGCAGACCACGAGGACCGCGGAGAGGCGAUCCAGGAGCAUAGAGUCCACAAUUUCGCGGUCUCACCUUUCUACGGUGUGCAGAAGGGACAACUGCUCUAUGUUGACGUCGAACAAGAGAUGUCAAAAACGUCAACGAAGAACAAGAAGAGGGAAACGCUAGUUCUAGAAUUUACCAUCGACUCUCUAGUGCAAGCAGCUAUUAUUGCGACUGCCCAGAAAGUAGAAUGGAAAGUCGCCACUGGUGAAGCCGCUGCAAAUAUAAAACUACUUUCCUCAGCAACUAGUACAUCAUCAUCCAAGAAUAGAAGUAAGAGCAUCCGAAGCGGUAGUGCUACACAGUCACUGAGCCUUGCUCGCCUAUCCUCGCGAGGAACUGUGCUAUCGUCAGAUGGACGAGGUGUCUUCUCAACAUCAUCUGGAUCGCCCUCCUCAAAUGGAAAGACAGGUUCUUCUAGCAGUGCCACUCCUACUCCGACGAAGCCUCCAACAGGUUUUUUCCGUGGCAUAAUAGACAAUUUGUUUCCGAGUGACGCGCAGAUACGUGCUGACAGAAGGCGGGCAGCUUCUGUUCCUGGAUCAGGGGUGUACAACUCAGUAGUAGAGCACUCUGAUGAGUUUUACAAUGCGCCGCCAAAGAAACCAGUCUCCAAGAAAGAACAGAGCAGGCGAAAAGCAGGCAGGCCUGAGUCAUCUACUCCAAGAUUAAGGGGUUUGACAUUUUUGCAUUCUGCACUACCAUCCCUCACUCGUUUUCCAGUAGGAAAUAAAGGGUCAAGGAUGAUCUGAGGAAUGCAAUAGCGUAACCUCUAACAAGAACUGCAGAAGAAAAGAGAAGGGCCACGAAGACCAAUAUUCCUCCAAUGGUUGCAACAGCUUUGUCGUAUUGGUUUGGGUAUGAUUUUCCUGCCGAAGGACAGGACUCCACCUCUGCGGUCUCAGGUGGUGAAGAUGAGAUGGAUUAUUUUUCCUACCAGAGGUCCGAUUCGUCAAGCUCAUCAUCUUAGGGUUCCUUUUCUUUGCUGGUCCUGGUCUUGAUAGACAAGAGGUAACUACAAACUAAUUACAAGAAAGGACCUAGACCUGUUCAAAUGAAUCAAAGACUUUCACUUGAAAUACAAUCCUGAUAGACUUCCAAUAUUGCAGAGUAGUUUAUAGCACGCAUGGUGCAUGGAGUAGCAUGGAGUGCAUGGAGCGCAGAGCUUUAAGGGGCGCAAGAAACUCCCCCUUUAGCUCCAUGCUACUCCAUGUGAUCCAUGCACUCCAUGCCAUGCGAGCCGUGAAACCUUUGAAAUUGCUCUGAUAUUGGAAAUGCAAUCAAAAUUCUUCAGAUGUUGCUUCUACUUACCCUUAAAGCCUGAACAACUUCAACUACAUUUCCAUCCUCUAAUCCCUCUAUCUCCGCAGAUAUAUUGAGUUUGUGCUGUUCAACCCUGGAGGAACUUUACCGCUCAAAGGUUUCAUCGUGGCCCUAGUGAUUUGCGCUGUCUGUGGCUACACGAUGUGGAAGCAGAGGACUAAAUUUCGCUACGAGGGUCCAUUAGAUUGGAUGAAGGCAGACAGGAGUAACAAACAGGUGCGGAAAGGCCUACAAAAGGUGGAGGAGGAAGUCCGACGCAUGAGAAGGGAAAUAGUUGAAAAAGAAGAACGGGAAAGAAAAAGAAUGGUGGAGGGGGAGGACGAUGGUGAAGGCGGUGAUGAUGCUCAAAUUAAGGGUAGGUUAAAGGUGCAUUUAUUACCGUUUGUUAUGGCUCUCCUAAGGGGGACGGGGACGGCCAUAACAAACGGGAUAAACGAACACCAAAAACCUCCCUCUAAUCAAAGGGGAAAUAAAAGUAGUGGCGCCUCUAGUACUAGACGUCGGGCGGGUAAAGGAAAGGGCGGAGAAGAAGGUCUUGGUGGGGACGAUGAAGAAACAGAGGAUCCGGAUCAGAUUUAUGGCUUGAAUCGUGGUUACUAGAUAGAAUAAGUGGGCAGUACGUUGGUACCAAUUAUCUUCCUAUUAUAGGUGAGGACGGAGCAACGGUACCCUAUCCUAUCCUAUAAUUAACCCCAGUACAACUUCUAGUACAAGUACAACCUGCUAACUAAACUUCCCAUUGCUUGUUGUUGUUGUUCGUUCUACUUAUGGAUCAUAAAUGGGAAUCAUCCUCAUCUAAUUCCACGUGAUGGAAAGACUGAAUAAAAACUACGAGGACGCGCUGAAGACUUUGAAAGCUAGGAGUCUAUUGGAGGACAAAUUGGACGAGGAAAGAGAGCAACAAAGCUCAACAGCACCUCAAGUAGACACCACGGGCCAAGACAGUAGUACAUCCGAAGAAGACUAUGAGCUAGUUCAAAAAGGAGGUGGAGAUGGGGAGAGGUGAUCUUGAUCUAUACCAGCUGCAUCUAUCAGUACUAUGAGUGCGUUUUCUCUGUUGAAUAGGAAUUUUGUAUUUGUCAAAGCGACCAUCCUGCGACUGGCGUGAUCCAAUGAAUUAUCGAUACGUCUGUCAAGUAAAAUAGGGGUACUAUUCCCUUGAAGACACACUCAGAUAUCAUCAUGAUCCUUGAAGAUUUUCAGUCACCAGCUAGGAUUUUGAUGAUGAUUCGAGAACAAUAGGAAUAGGAUACCGAUCUGCGCAAGGUAUUACAUGUUGUGGAAAUGAAAAUUAUGCGCCAAACCUAGUAAAAGAAAGUAUCAAACCCGAGCAGAUGUUAU